CGGCCCCGCGGCGGCAGCGGGGGCGGUGCUGCGGCGGGCUGGGGAAGCGCACGGAGCGGCGCGGCUGUUGGCGGCGCGGAGCGGCCCUUUGUGGGCGGAGCGAGGCGGCCGCAGGCCCGGCUCGGCUGUCAACACCAGCCAACAUGGCGGCGCGGAGGCCCCGCACCGCCCCAGAACACGAAAGUGACGAUGAUUCCUAUGAAGUGUUGGAUUUAACAGAAUAUGCCCGACGUCACCAUUGGUGGAAUCGUGUGUUUGGCCGAAAUUCAGGACCAAUUGUAGAAAAAUAUUCUGUAGCUACCCAGAUUGUGAUGGGCGGCGUGACUGGCUGGUGUGCGGGAUUUUUGUUCCAGAAAGUCGGAAAGCUUGCAGCAACUGCAGUAGGUGGUGGCUUUCUUCUGCUUCAAAUUGCUAGUCAUAGUGGAUAUGUACAAGUUGACUGGAAGAGAGUUGAAAAAGAUGUAAACAAAGCAAAAAAGCAGUUAAAAAAGCGUGCAAAUAAGGCAGCACCUGAAAUCAAUACUCUAAUUGAAGAGUCAACAGAAUUUAUCAAACAGAACAUUGUGGUGUCCAGUGGAUUUGUUGGAGGCUUUUUAUUAGGCCUAGCAUCGUAAGGACCUGAAUCGUCUCUUCCUGACGGCAUUUACAUCAGCAAAGAACAGUUGUGGUGACACGCUGCCUUAAAGUGGGGUGGGUCACUGGGCCUUCAAGAGCAGAACGAGUGGACUAGCUAGACAAUUUGGAAGCUUUUACAUUUCAGGCUUUUGCCUCUUGAAGCUUGGCAAAACUAGGAUUUGCUGAAAAACUGUGCAGUGUGCUCAUUAUAGCAUUUCUGGGCAAAACUGGUUCAUCUUCAUCAUGACUCUUUUUAUCUAUGACCUUGCAAGAUCUAGCAUUUUAAAAAAAUGUUAUUCUUGGAAUAUAGAUAUGUUACCAUACUGUAAGAAAGCAAGCUCCAUUUCUAUGUUUUCAGUUAAAUAUUGUUUAUUUUAAAAGUAUUUUUCUUCAUGCUGUAGUAGAUGGUAUCAAUGAUUAAAUAUAUGAUAUUGUAGUUUCAGCCUCAUGGCUGUUCUUUAGAAGUCACUGCAAUAAUCUGUCAAUCUGUAAUACCUUUUUACAGAGUAUUAAAUAAUGAAGAAUCAUGAGCUUAUUAAAGGUGAAAAUUAACUUUGA